ACAAUCCAAGAGCGGUCAGCCUCUUCGGGUAGGAGCUAUGGUAAAGUUCCUACCUUGUGUGGGGCCGCUUCUCUGUGCCACCCACCAGGGCUGGGCAAAAAAUCUCACCUGGUCGCGUCCUGCCAUCAUCAAGCCACUCCUAUAUCUAUCCCGCAGACCACCUCACAUCGCGCUCAGUUUCUUCAUCUGUCAGAGAAAAAACUACUUUUGGGUCGUUUGAAAGCAUUGCAUAGCGUUUGCCUCUGCAAUUGAAGCUUUUUCUCUCCCUCGCGCUGAUUGAAUUCAUCCUGUAUUCGCGCCCUUUUUGGCUUAUCAAAGCAAAAGCAACAGCAUCAACAACCCUAUAAAACAGCGCGUCACAAUGCCUCCCAAGGCCGCCAAGGCUGCUGCCUCCAAGGCAGCUUCAGAUGCUAAGAAGCCCGCUGCGACAAAGGCCAGCGCAAAGGCGACUUCCAAGAGUGCCGCUGCUACCAAGGCGACAACGAGCAAGGCCGCCGCCAAGGCUGUCAAGAAGGAUGAGAAGCCAGCCAGCGCCCGCGCGAAAUCCGCCGAGAAAACUGCAGACGAGCCCUUGACGAAUGGCGCCCCGUCAAGCAAGCGCAAGGCUUCAGAGACAGAGAGCGAGCAUGAUGAAGAUGUCGUCAUGGAAGAGCCCCAGGCCAAGAAGACCAAGAUCGAAGAAGCCCCCGUGCGCGCGGCACCUGUCAAGGCUAAGAAGACCGCCCAUGUCGCAAUCGGAAAGAAGAUCAAUGAUGCUCCUACGCAAGUCUUUGAUGUCUACGUCUUUGGUGAGGGCACAUCCGGUGAACUCGGACUGGGAAGCAAGCGCGUCAAUGGCAAGAAGCCAAUCGACGUUAAGCGUCCUCGAUUAAACGACAACCUUUCAGCCAAGACAGUUGGCGUUGUGCAAAUUGCCUGCGGCGGUAUGCACGUCGUUGCGCUCACCCGCGAUAACAAGAUUCUCACCUGGGGCGUGAACGAUCAAGGUGCUUUGGGCCGAGACACAAACUGGGAUGGUGGAUUACGCGAUGCCGACAAGGCUGAAGAUUCAGAUUCGGAAGAUGAGGACGAUACUGGCAUCAACCCGAAGGAAAGUACACCUACUGCUCUGUCCGAGGAAGACUUUGCCCCCGGUACCAAGUUUGUUCAGGUUGAGGCAAGCGACAGCGCCUCCUUCGUGCUGACUGAAGACGGACGUGUGUACGGAUGGGGAACCUUCCGUUCCAGCGAUGGCAUCCUAGGCUUUACAGAGACUGUUCGGAUUCAGUCACGGCCUGUUCUCCUCCCCGCCCUGAAAAACAUCAAGGCUCUCGCUUCCGGAGCCAACCACAUUCUUGCUCUCGACCACAAGGGCAAUGUUGUCGCCUGGGGAUGCGGCCAGCAGAACCAGCUCGGCCGACGUAUUAUUGAGCGUAACAAGAUGUCGUCUCUGAUUCCCCAGGGUGUUGGCCUGCCACGAGGCAAGAUCGCCAAGAUUGCCUGUGGCUCGUAUCACAGCUUCGCCAUUGACAAGAACGGAGCCGUCUGGGGCUGGGGCUUGAACAACUUUGGUGAGAUUGGUGUCGAGAACAGCGCUGGUGAGGAUGAUGCCGUCAUCCUCAAGCCCGUCAAGAUUAGCUUCCUUGAGGACCACACAAUCACAGAUAUUGCAGGUGGUAUCCACCACUCUCUGGCCUGCUCUUCUAAGGGAGAGCUGUUUGCUUGGGGCCGUAUCGAUGGAUACCAGGUUGGCUUUGAGGCUGAGGCGGUGGAAAAGGUCGACGAGGAGUAUGUCAUUCGUGACGAGAAGGGCACUGCUAGAAUCCUGAUCAAGCCCACCAAACAUGAAGGUGUUUCUGAUAUUGUGGCUGUCUCUGCCGGCACUGACAACAGCUUUGCCAUCAGCAAAGAUGGCAAGGUGUACUCAUGGGGCUUUUCUAGCAACUACCAGACUGGCCAGGGCACUCUUGACGACAUCCACGUUCCUACUUUGAUUGACAACUCUGCCAUCAGGGGCAAGAAGAUCAUCGCUGCUGGAGCUGGCGGACAGUUCUCGGUCCUCAUUGGCGUACCCGAAGAGGCGGCCACCACGAACGGCGAGGUCAACUAAAUCGCCAGCCCUUUUCAACAAAUAUUAUAUGUAAAAAGGGGGGGGAUAAGUGGCAUCUGAAGGGAUGCUUUAACACGGUAUUUCAAGCUACAUAAGCCCAUAUAUCCAAGAUUGAUGGGGCUUGUUGGCUACUUUAAUAAUACGAAGGGCUCGGCUCGAAGAGUUUCUGCCAUGCAUUGUUCAUUGUUUCCUCCAUUGCCUCACAGAGGAGGCUAUAAAACCUGCAAAUGGACGGACGGACGGACUUCUCUCUGUAAUAUAAUGACGUGAUGGAUUUGGUUCUGCAAAUGGUGGACUUAUAUAUGGAGCUUUUCGUGUUUGUAUAGCCUACUGCUUUGAUGACAUUGCGCAUUGGCGUUGGUACUAGUUGAUUUUUGGAAUUAUAUUCAUCAAGACCAUUCAAAGGGCUUCUCUCGUGAAUAACAGUGGCG